AUGCUAGUGGCAGAGUGUGUUCAUGACCAAGUUGCUCAGAAUGCACUGCUUGGCUUAGUGAAGGCGUACAGCCUACUCAUGAGCUGGGAGUUAUCAGUAGAGGAGCAAACCUCGAUUAAAAAAAACAUCAUUGCUUGGAACACUUACCUGGAAACCUUGGUUGCCAAUUGA